AUGGGCGAGACUGCACCAGCGGAGAAGAAUCAGAGUGACGAUGUGGAAUCUAAAAGUGUAACUGACCAUGAUCCCGAGGUCAAGAAAUCUGAAACAGCUGGAUCUCCUACAGAAGUUCCGGUGGCGCAGGAACCCAAAGAUUCUAACGCUGAAGAGCCUCCGGUGGAUACAGCAAAAGAUGCGGUUCCUGUACCGACCAUCCAGAUCUCCCCUGUAGAUGAUCACCAUGAUCACUAUUUUGAAAACGAACUUGCAGAUUGUUCCAUCACUCAAGAUGAAGAAGAACAAACGCCCAUACCCAAAGAUACUACGCCGUUGCCUUUGCCUAUCGAGGAGCACGACUCGACUGCAAAAAGUGAUACAGCUGAUCCGCUUCCAUCGGCUGCUCGCGCUGGAUCGGAGCGCGAAACCGACCACGCCCAGCCUACUGAUCCGAGCCGGCAAAGCCCCGUCAACGACUUUUAUCACAACAAGAAUAUCCUUUUGACCGGGGCUACCGGGUUUGUCGGUAAAGCAGUAUUGUGGAAGCUCAUCCAAUCCGUGGGUCAAGAUGUUGGCAAAAUAUACAUCUUGAUUCGAAAUGGAAGUAACAAACGUAGCAAAGUCGGUCGACCUACUGAUCGCUUUUUCAGUGAGAUCAUCUCCAGCAAGGCUUUUAUGACGUUGAAACGGCAGUUGGGAUCGUACUAUUUCCAAAAGAUUAUAGACAAAGUGGUUCCUGUCACCGGCGACAUUAUUUCGCCGGAUUUGUCCAUGAUGGAAGAAGAUCGUCAAAUGAUUAUUGAUAAUGUGAACGUUGUAAUCCACUGUGCGGCAACUCUGGAUUAUCACGAGCGAUUGGAUCUCGCACUAGAGACCAACACGCUGGGCACUUUACGUCUAAUGGAUUUAGCCGAUGAAUGUCGCAAUUUAGACGUCUUUGUUCACAUGUCGACCGCUUAUUUCAACGCAAAUCUUCCCGACGGCUACGUGCAGGAACGUGUUUAUCCCAUGGAGCUCGGUGAUCCAGAAGAACUACUCAAAGAAAUUGUUGCCCUGGAAUUACAAGAUAUUCCGAAAAUGACCCAGCGGGUUUUGGCGUACUAUCCAAAUACUUAUACCUUUACAAAAUCCUUGACCGAGCAUUUGAUACUAAAGAGAGUGGAUUACAAUCGGUUGGAGGAAGCCCAGGGAGGAAAGAACCAGUGGCCGGUGGCUAUUGUUCGCGCUACCCAGGUCGGCGCAGGAUGCUUUGAGCCUCUUCCGGGAUGGAUGGAUGGGAUCUCCGGUACCAAUGCUGCCGUCUAUCUUUUGGGGCACGGUAUCCAUGCCUUGCCAUCGGAUAUUGGCGAUUUGACGGCCGAUAUCGUGCCUGUCGACUAUCUCGCCAAAGUCAUUAUUGGCUGUCCUAUUCGUUUGAUGCCGCCGGGAAUCAAGUUCAUUCUUCCUUACAACGAAAUUCUCCACGACGAAGACGAUCACACCGCCAGUAUUGCUGUCCCCCAGAUUCAGUACUUUCCCAUCAUUUAUCAGCUUUCCGCUACGGCGAUCACUUCUAUUACCUGGCGACAAAUGUAUGAAGCGGUGCGUCAUUACUGGAAUCGCAACUCUCGCGUCAAUCUUCCACCGGGCCGACAGUAUUUUAUGAACAAUAAAGCACUUCACCGUGCAAAAACAUUUAUGCGAAGCCGGCUACCCCAGUCCCUGACUUCGGUCACCACCGUCAUCACCAACAAUAACCCUAUCAGCAAACGAUUUUCCGAUCCCAACCUUUCGAAUCGAGCCAUAGAAUUGGCCUCGCGUGCCGUAGAAGCCAACCAUCCGUUUGUACGACACCGAUGGACGUUUGAUCAUCAAAAUGUCGACGUUGUCCGUGGCCAGCUUCAAGCCGAUCCACUGUUCAAUUUGGACAUGUAUCAAACCAUCGACUGGGAAACCUACAUGCUGAGUUACAGCUUCAAUACACACCUUUUCAUCUCUCAGGGUGCGGUGGGUCUCCGAAAUAUCACCCUGCCCGCUGGCUGGGAUUGUGCCAUGUACUCCAAAUUGCCCGACGUGCGAAAUUCCAUCAUCGACAAGCAAAUCGAAUCCGUCAUUUUCAGUGCCGCCGAUAUCAACAAACGCACCGAUCGCAUGCUUGCGCAGGUGACCGACUGUCUUGAACAUCCCGGUCUCGAUACACGCGAUAAAAAGAAGGCGGAAGAAUGGGUCAAUGACUUUGACGCCAGUUUAGAUGAUUGGUGCCAUGAUGAUUCGGAAAUCUUGAAAGACGGGCGUCGUAUGGCCGAUCUCGGUCGCUGGUCGUCUCAAUCGCGGGAUCAUGACGAAGCUCUUCGUGUGGUGGUAUUGAACGAUCCUCGCGUAGGUCACAGCAUACGGCAGAUUAUCGAGACUUCCGGUGUGCCUCAGCAAACGGUGGUCGGCGAAGCUUACAAAAUUCUUCAACGUAUGCGCGAGCGCACUCAGCUUGAAUAUGUGUGGUUCGCCGGGGCGUUCUUGGAUGCUCUAUUUAAACGUCUUUUCAUGAGUAUUCGUAUCUGCGAAGAAGACUUGGCAAAGCUCAAACAGCAGAUCCAGGGCAAAAAUGUGGUUUACAUGCCCGUGUCAAAAACCAUGAUGGAUCAACUACUAAUAUGGUAUAUUUGUCUUCGAUAUCAUUUGCCCGUCCCCGCUAUUGUAUGCGACGAAGCUUUGGCAUUGCUCGGCCCUAUUUCUGAUAUAAUGAGAAUUGCCGGCGCAUUCUUUGUACGACGUGAUCAGAAAACACGUUCGCCGUUGAACACCGCUGUCACUGCCGCUUACACCGAAGCUCUGCUGAAUGAACACGGGGCAUUAUCCAUGUUGAUCGAAAAGACACGUUCUCGUACCGGUCGCGUGCAGAGCGCAUAUCCCGAUGGCAUGAUUGAAAUGAUUUUGGACGCAUCACUCGAAAAGGGCUCCAAAACACCAACGCAAGAUCCGUAUUCUCCCCCUGCUUCGCCCGCACCUUCGACUGAAAGCGGGUCCAAUCACAGAAAUGUCACCUUUGUGCCUAUCAAUAUAACCUACGAAAAGAUCCCGGAAUUGCGUACGCUCAUUGACCAAGUGCUGGACCAGAAACCGAGAGAGACCUCGACGACACUGGCAUCUUCGUUGCUUCGACCGAGUGCUUCAGUGGCCGAUCGUGCCGCCAACAAAGACAAUGGGGCCGUGGAACAGGGCAAAUACGGUCGUGUGUUCGUCAGUUUUGGCGAAUCAUUAUCUUUGCAGGACGUCAUCGAAGCCACCGGUCCUUGCUCGACUUCCAACUUGAAAGAUGCGUCGGCUCAUCGUAAGGAAGCCAUGGCUGACUAUAUCGCGAAAGCGGUUCAACGUAAGCAGCACGAGGCUACCAUUGUCAGCCCAGUGGCUCUUGUUGCUGCUACGGUGCUUUUCGGUCGAGCCAUUAACGGGAUUUCCAUGGGAAAAAUCUAUGAGCUGGUUGGCUGGUUGCGCCAUGAAAUUUGCUACCAGUACAAGAUGAAGCUCGAUUGGGAAGAAGAAGAGGAUGUGCAAACGAUUGUUGCUUACGCACUCAAUUUUCUCGAUGCAAGAACCAACAUUAUCUACGACAGCAAGCGCAUUACAGACAACACCAAAGUGCGUGUGGUGGAGCAUGCCGAUAACGUGAUGGACUUGUCGUACAUGGCGAGCCAGUUGAUUGAGAUUUUCUUACCUAAAGCAAUACUGGCCGUUGUGUAUCUGUCCGCCGCCCCUCUCGAAAUCACGCGAAAUGAACUUUAUGAUCAAUUUGCCUUUUUGGUGCGUCUCUUCAAGGAUGAAUUUAUAUAUCCAUGGAAUGUGGAGGAGACAUUCCAAUGUGUGCUAGAUCAGUUCGUCUUUCAGGGUAUCCUUGUCGCGGUGGAGGAGGACAAGUACAAGAAAGCAGUGACAUCGGACACCGAUGAACAUGUCUUUACUCAGUUAUGCUUAUUGGCGUCGUUCUUAUAUCCCAUCCUCGAUGCUUAUUGGAUCACAUCAUGCUCCUUGUCAGCGCUUCGCGAUCUGCCUUUUAUGCCGCGAAAGAUUGUUCCUAUUCUUGCUCAAUGGAUUGCCGCCCACCUGAUCAGUGGUCGACGUACCAUUUACCGUGAAGUCCUAUCGACCGAAGCCAGCCAGAAUGCCGUGGACAACUUUUUAGCCAUCGGUUUUAUCGAUGCCGUGCAUCCCAAGAGUCACCUUUCACCAGAUGCCCAGAUUCUUUUGCUUGAGCUUGGUAUCACCACCAACGAAGAUCUCGUCAUGGUAGCUCAACGGUCUGACGUGCCCGCUGCUGUUACGAAUACCACACCCGAUAAUGUAAAUUCACUCUCUCGACUCAAAGAUAUUGCAUCGUUGUGUCACGAAAUAGAGAAAUACCGGUUUGGAGCGAAUAUUCAGCCUGCAAACUACCAGCAAAACGCGCAGGUGUUUGAUAAAUGCCAGAAUCAGAUUCGCAGCAUCUUGCGUGCGGAAAAAAGCUAUGCCUCGCAACAUGGUAUGAAUUUGAUGCGCGCAGAAGAUCAAAUGAUCCAACUCGUGUAUUCGCUGAAAAUGGCGGCUUCGAGUACGGCCGCUUCUGGCGAAGCCGGUCGACGCAACCCCAGACGCGUAUCAGAAGUGUACCAUCUGAGAUCUACCUAA